GAUUUCUAGACAAUAGACAGUAUAUCAUUUUAUGUAUUACUAAACAACAGACAAAAGUACUUUCAGAAUUGUCAUAUAUAGAAAUAGGUAUAGCAUUUAAAAAAGUGUAUGGAAUUACUAACAAGUGGAAAGUAUCUGCAUAUUCACAUCGAUUACAGAAAACAGAUGCAUACCAGAAUUUAUUUGAAGAUUUAUUUGGAUGCAUUAAAAGGAAUAUAGGUAAACCAUUUAAUUUUUAUCACAUUUAUGAAAAGGGAUUAGAAUGUGUGAUUGCAGAUCAGUAUAAGGGCCAAGUAUUAGAAGAAGUUUUAGAAAUCUUAAGUAAAAUUCAGUUUUGUAAUGAAAUAGGAGCAGCUGAUACUUGUCAAAAUAAAUCAGAACUGGCUCGAUCAAUUCAGGCAAAGAAACAAGCAGAAAAAAGACGUAAAAAUAAACAACCUUUACUAUCAUCAUCAACAAGUGUAGCAAAAAAGGAAAAAGCAAUGGCUCUAACAAGGAAAAUGCAAUUGAAAUCCUUGAU